AUGCCUAGAAUGGUAGGUGCAAAGAGAACCAGUCUUUCAUGUACUACAUGUAGAGUACGUAAGAGGAAAUGUGAUGGGCAACAACCUUGUUCAACAUGUAUUGCCAAAAACACGGAAUGUGAAUAUACCGAUGUCGAUAGACGGAGACAACGUCCUACUACGAGUUAUAUAGAAGGAUUGGAGAAAACUAAUACAAUGAAUGAAAAGAUGAUUGAAACUUUGAAGGAAGAACAUUCAAGGUUCUUAGACGUUUUAAAAACGAAUAUCAAUGAUUAUCAACGAUUAAAAUCGAUUAUUAUGGGGGAUGUCAAAGAAGGAUCAGUGAGCUCAUCUGGGGAAAGUGAUGCUUUUAAUCAUCUCGUGGUUUCAGGUAAAUCGGGCACAGCUUCCAUGGUUCUUGGACCUACGAGUAUCUAUAACGAUGACUUGAUUAUUGACAGAAACCUCGCUACAGUCAAUACCCCUGCUGUACCUGUAGUUCAGUAUAAUUUAACUAUUGAUCAAAUGAAUGAGUUGAAUGACUAUAGACGCAAAUAUGGUUACGAAGACUAUAGGUUAUUUUACUUUAAAGAACAGCCUUUGAAAGCCAAUGUGGCCAUUUUCAGGGAAUGCAUUUCGUUGUUCUUUAAAUGGAUGUACUCAUCACUGUUUCUUUUCAUUCAUAGAGAAUCGUUCCUUUAUUUUUACUUGAGUAAUGAGAUUGAUUGUGAGUUUGUCACCAUAGAACUCAUCUAUGCUAUCAGUGCCUUGGGAGCCAGAAUAUCAGGAGACCUGUUCAUUAGAUCUCAAGCCGACGAAUACUAUAAAUUAGCCAAACAACGACUCUUCACUAAUGGGGAUGAGAAAUACUUCAUAAGAGAAUCUUCUAUUUGUAAGCUUCAAACGUUACUUUGUCUUGCAUUUUAUGAUUUGGGAAGAGGUGAAUUGGCAAGUGGUUGGUUGUUAUCAGGGUUAGCUUUCCGUAUGGGUCAUGAUAUAGGAUUUGAAUUAGAUCCUCAAGAUUGGAAUGUCUCACCUCCUUUACCUAAAAGGUCGAAUUCCGACAUUAAUUCAGCCAAUGCUACUUAUACUAGUUCAGGGUUGAUAGUCAAAUCUACUAGAGAAGAUGUGUACCGCAAUUAUCCGUUUGAAAUUGGUAAAUUAAGAAGUAGAAUUUAUUGGGGUUCUUUCGUGGCUGAAAGAUUGAUUUGUUUAGUUAUGGGAAGGUCACCAACAUUGAAAUUGACUGACGUCACAAUCCCUGAUUCCCAGGAUAUCGGGGAUUUAACAGGUAUUGAAGAUUUCAUAUUUUACGACAAUGCCUCCGACCGCCAAUAUGCAUGCAGGGCUUUCUAUUGUUUAAGAGCCGUUGUGGCUUUACUCAUUUUAUCCGAUGAUAUUUUGAAUAAAGUGUUUGGAUCAGCCACUAAUGGAGUUAAGAGGUCAGAGAUAUUGACCAGUUAUAACCUCAAACUUUUGAAAUGGAAGGAAAGUUUGGGUAAAGAAUUGUUUUGGAAUAAAAGUAUACUUAAGAAGACUGCUCACAAUGAACUUUAUAUGGGACCAAGGUACACUUAUUUCAUCAUCAUGUUAAGUAUCAACAGACCUUUCAUUCUGAUGGCUGCUUUAGGAUCGAAGAACAUCAAUUUGGAUGUGAUUAAAAUGCCUUUGGAAAUCUGUGAUGAUGUUAUAGAUGAUUUGGAAAUCGUCAUCAAAGCAUUAUUAUACCAACAAGAGACUUAUCAAUCAUUCUGUCCACACAUUCUUUCAGUUUAUGCUAUUGUGUUAUCUAUAAGUGUAUUAUUGUGGAGGUUCAAAAUAUCGGAAGAUAUCAAAUUCAAGACCAACAUAUCAACCAAGAUCAAUUUCUUCUUCAAUUUCUUGGAGAAGUGUAGUGAAAUUUGGACAUUAGCCAAUAAGCCGGUUGAAAUAUUCAGAAUGAGAAUCAAUGAUUUAUGGGAAGAGCCUGAAACAGAUACACCAAGUGUUUAUGAACAAGAUCUUCAAUUAAGUCAAGAGUUCAAUAAUGAGAACAUUUAUGAUGCUUUUAGUAGACAGGAUUUACUUAAAGGAUUUGAUAUGGCAGAUUUCAGUAACAUUGAUGAUGUUUUCCAAUCAGUUUUUGAGAGACCUUCUAAUCAACAAAUGUUGACUAGAUUAGAUUUGGCUGAUGCUCUUUGGGAUAAAUCACUUUAUGAUAAAAAGACAGUCAAUCAGCUUUAA